AUGCCUCCUCGACUACAAUGUUUAAAUGCCGCGCGCAAUGCGGUCUCAUCGCCGUUCCUCGGAAUGCGAUUUUCAACCAGUAGGAUUAUGUCGGCUGAACUUCCUCCAAGAUCCGACACAUCCCCCUCAGAAGCGAUAGGUUAUGAUAGUCUGAUGUCUCUUAUAAACAAAGCUCAAGAGAAGGGCCACGAGCGACGCAAGGCAUUAUUAGCCAAUUCUAGGGUGCAGCAAACUGCGGCUCAGGAAUACGAAGACAAUGUUUCGAAAUCAGCUCUGACAAAACAAAUACAUAGAAGAUGGAGAGCUGGAGAUGUGUAUGCGCCACAUGAUUUGAGUGGGAUAGAAAUGGCGAAAUGGAAGAAGAGAGGAAAGGUUACGAGGGAUGUUUUUGAUGUGGUGGCUUUUGACCCUAUAGCUACGGGGAGUUACAAGAAUUUCUCAAUCAUGUCAGAAUAUGUAACGCCGAUGGGAAGGAUUAGAGGAAGUAAGGAAACGGGAUUGAGACCGGUUAAUCAGAGAAAAAUUGCCAAGGCAAUUAGGAGAUCUAUUGGUUUGGGUAUGAUGCCGAGUGUGCAUAGACAUCCAGAGGUCCUUUACAAGGCGAGGGAGAAGGCUGAGAUGAACGAUAAUUACAAACGAGGUACAUUGGUGUAG